UCUAGCAAUGGCAUUCAUUAGGAAAUCGAUUCUCCUCGUUUGUGCUGCAAUUUGUCUCUUCGCUUGUAGCCCAUGGCGAGCAUACAGUGGUGAUCUUGGUGCCACAGAAGUCAUAGCAGACGAGUUUGUGGCAGAAGAAGGAGCUGAAGAAGGUGAAGGAGAAGACCAAGAUCCCAUUUUCAUCAAUGCCCUUGAAUGUUUUAAUGACAGAAAUAUCUAUAGUAUUUGCGACGAAGAAUAUAGAUUGAGUGAGAAAGGAGAGGUUAAGGUGCCACGCGAAUGCGCCGACCAAUACUGCCAAGGGCCUUGUCGCGAGGAGACUAACCUCGUACUCGAAUGCAUUCAACAAAUCUUCCAUCAUUUCCGAUUUUACAACAAGGCUACGCUUAAUGAUGUUCGAGAAACGAUCAACGCCGCUUGCAGUUAUGGCCCCAAACGAGGUGAUUUCGAUGUGGCUGAGCACGUAAGAGUUGAUGAAGAUUCUUCAAGCAAGUUAAUGUCAAGCUAUAUCGUCAUCUACGCUGCGUUGUUGAUGAUAUUGGGAUGGCGUGUAUUAUUUUAAUUAAAUAUUAUUAUAUAUACGUUGUUGUGUGUCGAAAAUUAUAGUACUGUAUUUGAAAAUGUUAAAAUGAAAAAAUUGUUAAAAUGACGUGUGAUAUGUUAUUGUAUUUUAAAAGAGCACUCUAUAUAUCUCUUUCCAUGU